CGUUAUUUAAUUGAUCUGUCAGUGGUAUUGUUUAGAAGUGUUCGAUUUUAAAGUUGAAUUAAAAACAUCAGUUACGUCAUCGACCGAUUAAAUUGAAAUUUUACUGUCGAAACGCAUGUUCACCAAAGUCGAAUUUUUAAUGUACUUAAAUAUCCAUCUGUUGUGGGGGUGUUUUUGCUAGAUGGUUUGAAAUAUUUUGCACUUCAUUUAUUGAAAGUACAGUAUAUUUGGACAAACAUUGUUAAAUGGAAGGUGAUCAAUUGGAUUUUGAAGACCCGUCUACAUCGUGCCUUGAAAAGACUGAUUUUACCAGCCAAAGUCCGACCAUGUGCCCAGUGGUUUUGGAGACAGCAGAAGAAGAAUUGAUAGCAGAAGAGUCUGCACCAACCACAGAUUCAGAUGAACUUGGAGUAGCUAACAUUGAAAUGAAAAAUGUAUUUAAUCUUCAUUUAGUUGAUAGUACAUGUACAGAACAGGAUAUUUACUCUGAUGAAAGUCCUUUACCUGAUGAUGGUGAUUGGGUUAAUGAUGAUUGGACGGAUAAUCCAAGUGAACAAGAAGAUGCUUCUAAUGCUAAUGGUGUUAUGCGAAAAAGAAAAAUAUCAAAUUCCACAUUAACGUCUGAAGAUUUUCCGUCCAAAAAACAAUAUUAUGAUCAAAACAAUUUAAAUCUUGAAAGACUGACGCCUAAAUUGGCUGAAAAUGAAUUAGAUAAAAUAGAUAAAAUAAAGAUUCGUCGAAGUUGUAUACCGUCCAAAGAUGAUCCGCCUGAAGAAAUGAUGGAAUGGCUAAAAACUUUUUCGAAGUGGUCAAAUGCAGAAAGGAUGUUAGCUAUUGAUAUGUUGGUGGAUGAAUGUGAACCUACUCAAGUUCGUCAUAUGCUACAGCUUAUUGAACCACAAUUCCAACGAGAUUUUAUUUCUCUACUUCCUAAAGAAUUGGCCUUAUAUGUUUUAUCAUUUUUGGAACCCAAAGACUUGUUAAAAGCAGCUCAAACAUGUCAUAGUUGGCGGUUUUUAUCUGAAGACAAUUUACUAUGGCGUGAAAAGUGCCAAAACGCUAAUAUACCUUUAACAGAUCUAAGUACUAUUAAGUGUUCAAAAAUUCGCAGUAUUACCUCACCAUGGAAGUCUUCAUACAUGAGACACCAUGCAAUUGAAAUGAAUUGGAGAAUAAAACCAAUUAAAAUGCCAAGAAUACUCAAAGGCCAUGAUGAUCACGUUAUCACGUGCUUACAAUUCUGUGGAAAUCAGGUUGUUAGUGGUUCUGAUGACAAUACACUUAAAGUGUGGUCAGUUCUAACUGGAAAAUGUCUGCUUACAUUGUCUGGACAUACCGGAGGUGUAUGGUCAUCUCAAAUGGCUGGUAAUGUUAUAAUUAGUGGUUCCACUGAUCGUACUCUUAAAGUAUGGGACGCAGAAACUGGUGUAUGUACACAUACAUUGUAUGGUCAUACUUCAACUGUUCGUUGUAUGCAUUUACAUGAAAAUAAAGUUGUAAGUGGUUCAAGAGAUGCAUCACUUAGGUUGUGGGAUAUUGAAACUGGUCAGUGCUUGUCUAUAUUCCUUGGUCAUCAGGCUGCUGUACGUUGUGUCCAAUAUGAUGGCCGAUUAAUCGUUAGUGGUGCUUAUGACUACUUAGUCAAAGUAUGGGAUGCAGAAAGUGAAGUUUGUUUGCAUACACUAUCUGGUCACACUAACCGUGUAUAUUCUUUACAAUUUGAUAGUACUCAUGUUGUAAGUGGAUCAUUAGAUACUAGCAUAAGAGUAUGGGAUGUAGAGACUGGUACGUGUAAGCACACUUUAAUGGGACAUCAAUCUUUAACAUCUGGCAUGGAAUUAAGAGAUAAUAUAUUAGUGUCUGGAAAUGCUGAUUCAACAGUCAAAGUAUGGGAUAUACUUACUGGGCAAUGCUUACAGACUUUGUCAGGUUCAAAUAAACAUAAUUCUGCUGUUACAUGUUUGCAAUUCAACACUAGAUUUGUAGUAACUUCUUCUGAUGAUGGUACUGUUAAAUUGUGGGAUGUGAAAACUGGUGAAUUUAUUAGAAAUCUAAUAGCACUGGAAAGUGGUGGUAGUGGUGGUGUUGUUUGGCGAAUACGUGCAAAUGAAACAAAGUUAGUAUGUGCAGUAGGCAGCCGCAAUGGUACCGAAGAAACCAAAUUAUUUGUAUUUGAUUUUGACGCCGACUACGAGUAACAUCAAAUUACAAAUUUGGUAGUUUGCAUCACAGUUUUUUUGUGGUUUAAGGAGAGUUACGAAUAUUUGGGACUGUUUACUUAGGUUUAAAAAUGUCCCUUAUAUAUUAUCAGUUAUCACAUUUUACCGUUAUCAUAAUGUUUCAGUAUUAUGUUUUUUUUAUUAUUAUUUAUAAAUGAGGGAAAUUAAAGUGAUUGGGUAAUCUUCUAACUUUCUGGAUGAUCAAGAAAGACUUAUGGAGUAUUGUUUGUGAUUUAUAGCGCAUUAAAAUGAAGUUAUAGAUUAAUUUACAUAUUAUUUUCUAGUCUUUGAAGCUAUAAUAAUCAUAAUUUGAUAUUCUUUGAGCCAAAUAAAUUGGUUGUUUUUUUUUUUUUAUUCCCAGUAUACUAUUUAAUAUGA